AUGCUAUCAGUACUUUCUCUCUGUGCGCUUGCCGCAACAGUUCAGGCUGUUUCUUCGCCAUUUGGUAGUGCAGCAUACUCAAAACACUUUGGCCGUGCAGGCUCAGAUGGAAGUUAUGACUAUGUCGUUGUUGGCGGCGGUACCGCUGGUCUUGCGAUAGCAACGCGUCUCGCUGAGAACGGAACAUAUACCGUAGCCGUGGUUGAGGCCGGCGGCUUCUAUGAGCUCGAGAAUGGCAACCUCACAAUCGUGCCUGGGUAUUACAACCAGAACUUGGGCCAUCCCUCUGUAGAUUGGAAUUUCAUGACUGUUCCGCAGCAAGCUCUGCACAAUCAGACUUUCGACUAUGCUCGUGGCAAGACUCUAGGAGGAAGUUCUGCUCUCAAUGUCAUGGCUUACCACCGCGGCACAAGAGACUCAUACGGUGCUUGGGCAGAUGCAGUCGAUGACCAAUCUUACACGUUUGACUCGUUCCUCCCCUUCUUCGAGAAGAGCAUCAACUACACAGCACCGAACCAAAACUUGCGCGCUGCAAAUGCCAGCGUUCCCCCAGCCAAUGCUACCGCUUUCUCUGGUGCUGAUGGUCCUCUACACGUAUCCUUCCCUAACUGGGCCACUCCUUUCGCAUCAUGGGGUCAGCUUGCAUUGCGAGAGAUUGGAGUGCCUGAUAUCUCAGACUUCAGCAGUGGAGAAUUGAUUGGAUCCCAGUAUUGCCCAGCGACCAUCCGCCCAGACGAUGAAACACGCAGCACUAGCGAGGCAUCGUAUCUUCAGCAGUCGCUUUCUCAGGACGAAACGCGACUGGAAGUAUUCAUUCACACCAUGGCCAAGAAAAUCAUCUUUGACUCCAACAAGACUGCAAAGGGAGUUGUCGUUGAAACCGCUGGUACACCCUACACUUUGAACGCCACUCGGGAAGUCAUUCUGUCUGCUGGCGCUUUCCAGUCACCUCAACUGCUCAUGGUCUCUGGCGUGGGUCCCAGAAAAGAAUUGCAGCAACACAACAUCUCCGUAAUUGCGGACCGACCUGGUGUUGGAUCUAACAUGUGGGAUCACGUCCUCUUUCCCGUCAUGUACCAAGUAGAUGUCGAAACCCAGCAAAUCUUAAACAACGCCACCAUCGCCCAAGCUGCCGCAGUCCAAUACAACCAGAACCACACAGGCAUCCUCACAAACGCAGGCGCCGACUACUUGGGCUGGGAGAAACUACCAGAAAAGAACUUCGCCCAACUCAGCAACAAGACUCAACAAGCACUAUCUGCCUUCCCUGCCGACUGGCCAAACCUCGAGUUCUUGUUGAGUAGUCUUCCACCUAUGAACAAUGGCCCGGGUAUCUCCAAGUCUUUGCAGUAUGCGGCUAUGUAUAUUGCUAUUAUCACACCAAUGUCUCGCGGAACGGUGUCGAUUUCUUCCAACGAUACGAACGAUGCCCCUCUUAUCAACCCAGGCUGGCUGAGCAACUCCAGCGAUGUCGAGCUCGCUAUUCAAGCCAUCAAGCGUGGUAGAGAUUUCUUCAACGCAAGCGCAAUUCAACCCGUCCUCGUCGGCAACGAACUCCUACCCGGUGCCAACGUCACCACCGAUGCAGAGAUUAGUGCGUUUGUGCACGAGUAUGUUGAGACUGUGUGGCAUGCUUCUUGCACUUGCGCGAUGGGCAAGCUCGAUGAUCCUAUGGCUGUGCUGGACUCCAAGGCUCGUGUUAUUGGAGUUAAUUCGUUGCGUGUGGUUGAUGCUUCGUCGUUCCCAUUCUUGCCACCUGGACAUCCGCAAGCCACGGUCUAUGCGCUUGCUGAGAAGAUUGCGGUAGAUGUUAUUGGUGACGCUCUUCGUAACAUGACUAAAAGUUGA